AUGAAUAAAUCCGUCUCGGCGUCAAAUGUAAGCGAAAUGGAGAACGAAAGUACUCCUCCAAAUUUUCCUCUAUACCGCCCUAAGAGAAUGAGAGAAGAAGAUUUGCCUGCCGAAUUUAAUAAAUUUAAGGAUGAAAAGAGGGAGCUCUUUACCUCAUUUAUAUCUACCCAACAAAGUCAAAUACAGGGAAUUAUUGAUGACUUGAAGGAAAUACAGCUAACCAACUACAACAUAGAAAAUUCUAUAGCUUUGCUCACAAGUCAAAAUGAACAAUUUCAACAAAAAAUUGAGAGCCUCGAGGGCCAAACCAAGAAAGAUCGCGAGUAUAUCCUAGUUCUGGAGAGCAAAAUUGAAGAUUCACCGAGAACCUCGCGCAAGACUAGUAUCAAAAUAAAAAAUGUACCAAAACAAGAACGUGAAUCCACAGAAGACCUGAUCAACAUGAUACUGAGCUUAGCCAAAACAAUCAAUCUUGAUAUAGAAUCACGUGAUAUAAAGGACAUUUUCAGGUUACAGACUAAGAGAGAGGGUGGUGGUCGUAAUACUCCAAUUAUCAUAGAAUUAGGAUCAGUAAUCCUAAAAAACAACCUUUAG